UAUAUCUCACAGUUUUGAGACAAUUGAUCAAGGAAAUUCAUAGACAGAGACAUACUCACAUCCAUGGAGUUUGCUGGGGAAAAUUCCUCCGGUGAACUCACCCUACCUGAGCAGACACAGGAGCCGCCAUUGACAUUUGCUGGAGUACAGGAGUACUACUACAAGGGUUUUUAUCCAAUUUUCAAGAAAGCGGCACAUUACGCGAGCAGUUCAACCGACCCCGCAUUCACAGCUUAUCCGGAUCUGCUGAUAAAGAAACAAGUAGAAAGGGCACUAGCUGCAUCCUACGCAUUGCAGAGCCCAUUUCAGGAUGUGGAAAACAACAUCGGCAGUUCAACUGCUGUUGAGGGAUCAUCUGAAACACCCAACAACAACGAAACGGACAUCAGUCAGUGGAAAACAAAUGAUGAUGACCAAGGAAUGGGCACGAACGAUGAAGAUGGAGUUUUUCGUCAACGCAUUUUAGCAGCUGUAGAGGUCUUCGUCAGAAAGAAGGAAGAAGAAGAAAAACGUCGUCGUCUUUUUCAUCAUUUUCGCCGUGUGCUGGAAUGGCGCCAUACCCAAGAAAGGCAUCCUCAGAACGAAUUACACAGCUUCUGGAAAACGAGCCAGGAUGUGGAAAACAACAUCGGCAGUUCAACUGUUGUUGAGGGAUCAUCUGAAACACCCAACAACGACGAAACGGACAUCAGUCAGUGGGAAACAAAUGAUGAUGACCAAGGAAUGGGCACAAACGAUGAAGAUGGAGCUUUUCCUCGAGGUGUAUUAGCAGUUGUACAGGGCAUCAUGAGAAAGAGAAGAAAGAAAACAAAUGCCCUACCUGUUUCCCAGCACGACCUGCUGGAAGACACAUCUCAGCCACACUACUUCUCCUGUGUUAUUCCAGAUAAAGUGCAACCCUUUCAUUUGAUCGUGUUCAACUUCGGUGGCGAGCUAAUGAAAGCGGCAAAUUAUGACUUCUUUGCUAACUACAAAUCUAUGAGCACUAGUGAGAACUCCACGGUAUCACUAGCUGAUGCCUUUAUCAAGUCUACAAGGGACAUGGUACCAAUGAGCUUUUUCUUGAUGUUAUGGGCAAGUGUUAUUUAUUUCAAUAAGCCAUUCCGUGGUAAGAAGGCCACAUGGAAGCUUCUGUUAACCCUCGUCUAUUUCUUUGGGGAGCCGCUACUGAGAACGGCACCUCAUCAGGUCAACGUCAUAAUCCGGGGCAGUUUUGAGAUUCCAGUCUACUGGUUUACAGUUUUGGGAGCUAUUGGAUUCUCCCUUCUCGAGGCUCUUUUCAUAUAUUGCCUCCGUUCUAUCUGAUCAAGACGUAUGCGGAAGAGUUUCCCUAUACGUUAUUGCUUUCGUUCUUUUUGACCAUCAAUUGAGAAUAUGGCAAGCAGAAUGGUACAGUUUGAACUCGCCUCCCCCCCUCCCAAUUGGGAUGAGUUGAAAUCAUUUACAAGGCUAUAUUAUACCCUGUUUCAAACCUCUCUUAUGGUGAGGGAAAGGUCCAUAUAUAAUAUUCCCUCUUUUGGUU